CUCUCAGAUAAAACUCGCUCGGUGCCAGCCCCUCCCCCCCCCUCCGGCCAUGUCGCCGCCGCCGCCCCCGGGGUCGGUUCCGGCCUCGGGGUCGGUCCGGGCUUCCCGGGGGGGUUCCCGGGGCCGCCCCCAGCGGUACCGCCGGCACCCCAAGCCCCCCUACUCCUACCUGGCGCUCAUCGCCCUCGUCAUCCGCGCCGCCCCCGGCCGCCGCCUCAAGCUCGCCCAGAUCAUCCAGGCCAUCAGCCGCCUCUUCCCGUUCUUCGGGGGGGGCUACCAGGGCUGGAAGGACUCGAUCCGCCACAACCUCUCCUCCAACCCCUGCUUCGCCAAGGUGCUGAAGGACCCGGCCAAGCCCAAGGCCAAGGGCAACUACUGGACGGUGGACGUGAGCCGCAUCCCCCCCGAGGCGCUCAAGCUGCAGAACACGGCGGUGGCGCGGGGGGGGGCGGCCGCCUUCGCGCGGGACCUGGCCCCCUUCAUCCUGCGGGGACACCCCUACCCCCCCCGCGCCCCCCCGGAGCCCCCCGACCCCCCAUCUCCAUCCCCGUCAGGACCCCCCACCCACCGCCGCAGCUUCUCCAUUGAGUCCCUGCUCAGGGAUUUCCCGGAGGGGGGGGACCCCGCGAACAAGUCGCCAGCACCUGGGGACCCCCCCGCAGGUGGCGUGUGGGGGUCUGCGCCCCUCCUGCACCUCCCAACACCCCCUUGGGUCCCCCCCCCGCCAUCCCAAUCGGGGGGGUCUGCUACCCCCAGCGCUGACCCCCCCACAACCUGGGGGCAGCUCCCCACCUCCUACAGCACCACCGUGGCCCCCAACGCUGUGGCCCCCCCCAGUGGUCCCCCCUUUCUCGCCCUGCGCUGGGGGGUGAUGCCCCCCGGCCCCCCACCCCCCCCCGGGCCCGAUCCUGAGCUGGAGGGGGGGGCACAGGCCAUGCCCCCCAAUAAAAGCAUCUUCGACGUGUGGCUGAGCCACCCCGGGGACAUCGUGCACCCCGCGCUGCACCGCUGACCCCCCCAAAAUUGGGGGGACGAGGCGGGGGUUCUGGAACCACUGGGGUGGUGGUCUGGUUCUCAGCACCCACAAGUGACCCCCCCCGCACAUAUGGACCUACCCCGUGUGUCCCCCCCAGGUCAGAGCAACCUGUGUCCCCCCCCACAUACACACGGUGUCCUUGUCACCCCCCCUGUCACCCCCAGCACCCCCUGGUCCCCCCCACCACCCCGGGAUG